GGGGGCGGGGAGUCCCGUGGGACGGGCGCUCGAGCAGGGUCCUAGAGGCCAUGGCUGGCUGGUAAGCUGACGGAAGGGCUGUGCCGAGGAGGGGCUGCUCAGAGAUCCGAGUGGGGGGGACCCGCCCGCUUGAAUAGGGAUUGAGGGAAGGAGGGGGGCGGCGCCCAGAGCCCGGGAGGGCCCUCGCUCCCGCCCCGCUCUCUUCCUCCCUCCUUCUCAUUGGCAGCUGGAAGCGCGUCGGGGGGUUUCCAUGGCGACGGGUCGCUAAGCAUCGGGGCUGUGGGAACCCAAGUCAGACAGCGCGAGCGAGCGAGGUAGCGGGAGAGCGAGCGCGAGAGCCUGGCGGCGGCGGCGGGGCCCCAGGGGCCAGAGCGGGCGGGCCCCUCGAAGGCCGGAUCGGGACGGGACGGGGGCGGGAAGUGGCGGCGCGAGGGGCCGGUCCCCGGCGGGGGCCAUGAGCGCGGGAUGGGCACGGCCGAGUCGACACCGGACGAGCUGCCGUCGGACGUGGCGGAGCAGCUGCGCGACGGCGAGCAGCUGCUGGAGCUGAGCGGGAGGCGGUUGCGGCGGCUGCCGACGGCGGCGUGCGCGCUGCUGGGCCUGCGGCGGCUCUACGUGAGCGGCACGGGCCUGCGCGAGCUGCCCGACGAGAUCGAGGAGCUGCGCGAGCUGCGCAUCCUGGCGCUGGACUUCAACAAGCUGGAGCGCGUGCCCGAGGCGCUGUGCCGCCUGCCACGCCUCAGCCGCCUCUACCUGGGCGGCAACCGGCUGCCGGGGCUGCCCGCGGACUUUGCGCAGCUGCAGAGCCUGCGCUGCCUGUGGCUCGAGGGCAACCACGUGCGGCGCUUCCCGCGCCCACUGCUCCGCAUGCCGGCGCUGCAGUCGCUGCAGCUGGGCGACAACCGGCUGCGAGGCCUGCCCGCCGAGCUGCCCCAAAUGGAAGGCCUGCGUGGCCUUUGGCUCUACGGCAAUCGGCUCGAGGUCUUCCCCAGCGUGCUGCUGCGCAUGGGCCGCCUGCGCAUCCUCGACGUGGACCGCAACCAGCUGGGUGGCUUCCCCGACCUGCGGCCCCUGCGUGCCCUGCGCCUCUUCUCCUACGAUCACAAUCCCGUCACCGGGCCUCCCCGGGUCCUCGACACCGUCUUCCUGGUGGGCGAGGGCGCCGUAGAGCGCAUGGCCGAGCGGGACGAACCGCCCCCGCCCCCCAAGCCCCGGCCCCGGCCCCCAGCAGCCCCGCCACAGCCACCAAGCCCUCUCCCAGCUCCGCCUGCCCAGGAGCCCCGGGAGAAGACUGGGGACCAGGAGGAGGAGGAGGAGGAGGAACCCGAGGAGGAGGAAGACGCAGAAGAGGAGAGGGAAAAGGAACCCCGGGAGGAGAGCCCGCUGUGUGCCCGCCACAGGCCCCACGGCCUCGGCCUCCCCAGGAAAGGAGAGCCCACCUGAGCCCUCUGGCCGCCGCUCUCCACUUGGCUCAUUGCUGGGCACCAAGAACAGCCCAGCCGCUACUGCCGCCGUCACUGCUGCGCAGGACAGGCCAAAGGGACUCCCUUUCCUGCUCCUGCCUGGGCUUACGGAAGCAUCUCCAGCGAGGGGUGGCCCCCGGGAUCUGCGGAGGGCCCUGGGCCACCACCUUCCCCCUCUCCUAGAGGUCCCUGCCUCUCACCCCGAGAGCCUCCGCUGUGAAAGGACUGGAGCUGGGCCUGGGACGGCUCUCCAGGGAAGGAAGACUCAAAUUCUGGGGUCCCGGGAGGGCCUGCGUUCAGCACCGAAUCACCUCCCCCUCAGCGGGGAUCCUACAUACCUCUUUGGGCUAUUUAUCGGUCUUGGGGUCUGCGGCCUCCCCAGGACUGGCAGCAAGGGAAGGAGCCGGCGGAGGGCGCCCACUUUUCUGCGCUUGGCCCUCUGGUGUUCACAGCGGCGCUGCCCUACCCCCAAGUGUUUCCCCCAGCUUGUUCCUGGAAUUCCACGAGGAACUGUCCCCCGGAAUGGAAGCUGUUCCCUCCAGCUGUCAAGUUUGAAAAGAAGCUCCCUCUGCCCCCCAGAGAGGUCCUCUGUAGGGUGGGAACCAGGCAGCCCACACAGCAGCUCCCGGGCUGCCUGCUCUUUCCAUUCCCAUAAAUGGGCACAUCUGAGGCAGCUGACCCGGAGCAGGGGAUGGGGCCGACUGGCCCUGCCUGGCUUCCUCUUCCUUUCCUCCUUGGCUAGGGACAUCCCUGAUCCCCAUCGCCCCUUCCCCACUCCCCACCGCCCUCCGGAGCAAUAAAGGGAAGAUAUUUACUAAGGCAGAGCCGGGCAGGAACUGGGGUGGUUCAGGGAUGCUGUCGGGACACAGACCGGGUAAAAGAGGAUAUUCUUUAGGAGAAACAUGUUGUCUGUGGACAUAAAUCCUCUUUCCUCGUU